AUCUCGUGAUGCAGGACACCGUACCGAAGGGAACACAUCCAUAAAAGCUGGACCCCAGAUGGUUGCAUAUAAUGCCCCUACCCAAUUUAGCAUCAGACUGUAUCAUGCACUGAUUGCCUAGCCAUAGCCCACUAGUCCAUGGCCCAGCAAAUUCUGAUCUGAAUCUGGCUACCUCCCUUUACAACCACCAGCCCACGCACCUUGUCCCCUCUCACCUGCUAGUAAGUCCCGUAUCUCUGUGCCUAUAUAUUCAGGGGCCAAGACAUCAUCACUUCAUCAACAAACUCACAGACCAAACAUUUCUCAGCCAAAAACCUGAGAACCAAGAACACCCAGCAAUGACCAUGAUCCAUCCCAAGAGGCUUGCUCAAUUGGUGAGGAAGUGGCAAAGGGUCAAGACGGUGGCCAGGGAUGACGAAGCAUGCUGCACGACAUCGCCGGUCGCAGAUAAAGGUCACUGUGCCAUGUACACGGCCGACGGGAGGCGGUUCGAGGUCCCGUUGGCAUACCUCGGCACGACAGUCUUCGGCGAGCUGCUAAGGAUGUCCCAGGAAGAGUUUGGGUUCACAUGCGACAGCAGGAUCACACUGCCCUUCGAUGCAGUCGUGAUGGAGUAUGUAAUGUGCUUGCUCAGAAGAAAUGCUUCAGAGGAAGUAGAGAGGGCAUUCCUGAGCUCUGUAGUGAUGCCUUGCCAAUAUCCAAGCUGUACAGUACCACAUGUAGCGCUGCACCAGCAGCUUGCAGUUUGUAGCUCCUGAAUAUAUGCAAAGUUUUUGCCUCA